GGGAGUGGGGGAGCGUCGAAAGCUAGGCGUCGGUUGCGAUGUUGAUGGAGGUGGGGAAGGAGCGGUUGGUGGUGAUGGAGUGGCGACGAACGGGGCCAACAGCGACUCCAUCUCCAGUGGGAGUUCACACGGCUCGCCGGGCAUUGUCAUCACCGCCGUCCAUCCAUGGUAGGCACAAUACUGUACCCCUUGCACAAGGAUCCAGCGAGGUGCUUCGGCAACCGGAGGCGGAGGAGGUGCGACAGGGAUGGGGGGGGGGCCACAACCGGAGUUGCAGGCACACGACGAGGGUAGUGGCGGCGGCCACCAACCCUAGCCCUGCCUCCGCGGGAUCCCCGGCGCGUCCUCCUCAUCGAUCGACGAAGAAGAAGGUGAAGCCGGCGUGCGCGCUGAUGGCGAGGGAGGCCGAAAACGGCAUCCAUGAUCCAAUGAAAGGACGUGACAAGUUCGACCAUAUCCCCAAGUACGGAUACACCAUCUGGAGUAGGGAAGUCUAUGUCGUAGGACUCAAACCCUUCGUGGACCAAUUGCGGCUGCACUUUGGCAUAUGCAUCGGGUAUGAACUCUUUAUUAUAUGUUCUCCCAGGGAUAGCAAUGGUUGUAGCGGCCUCAAGAGUUUUCCCAGAGCGUCAAAUGAGAACGUGCAAUCUGCAGGGUGUAUUCUCCUUGAGGUCAUCGAAGGGGUAAUCUGGCUCAGGUUGUUUGGUUGCGGGGGCAGGCAAAAGCAUGUGCUUGACGCAGAAAUUCAUCAUUUGCCUUUCAAAAUCUGCAGCCCCUUCGUCUCUUAGUUUAUCCUUGUACGCAUCACGCUUCUUGUGGGGGGUCAUGUUUGAACCCUUCCUUCCAACUAAGCUUGGACGAUGUUGGUAUUUCUUAACGACAUUACUAGAAAUAUAAUCUCCAGCAAUGGUGCAGAAAUACUUCUGGUAUACUAUGGUUAUAGACUUCAUUCGCAAGCGCACGGAUAUACCAUUGUAGCAUUUCACCCGAGAGUAUUCCAAGGGUAUCGUAUUUAUUUUAUCCCGUGGGAAGAUCAUGUAGAGUGAACUUAAC